AUGAAAGAAAGGAAUGUUGUUUUGAUAGAAAUGUGGGGAGAUGGAGACUGGCGAAGUAAUGGCCGCCGACGGCCGCCUUCGACCGAUGCUUUCCUCUGUUGCGAGCAAAGCAAAAAAUUGUUUGUGCGCUUGAGGAAUUGUUUGGAAGGGCAAAUGAUUGGGGGAAUACAAAGUAAAAAAAAGGAGUUGGGGGGAAAAUACAUUUAGUUGUUUGUGACGAGAGAAGCACUUGCUGUUUGUUUGUGAAGAGAAAAAGGGAGAGAAAGGCCUAGAAAAAAGCCUUGGGGUAGAUUUAGUUAAGGUUUUUAGAGUCUGAAAUUUGUGGCAAAAAAUUACAAUAGAAGAAUA